GGCGCCACAUACAUAAGCACCUCCUAUACAUGUCAGCAAGGCCGUACGCCUUUAUUCGCCCGGACCGUUUGGAUGAUCCAGUCUCUCUAAUGAAAGCGAAGUCAUGUCGGCACCUGCCAUGGGGACCAGCAAACCAGCGCACGAUUCGAGCAACAAGAAGAAAAAGGGACCCGGAGCUUUGGCCGUCGCUUACCUGGUCAUUUACAACGUGGUUAUGACAGCAGGAUGGCUGGUCAUUGCUGUUGGACUUGUUCGAGCAUAUCUUGCCAGAGGCAGCUAUCAUGGGCUUUAUUAUUCGAUAGAGAAGCCCCUAAAAUUCUUUCAGACUGGUGCACUUCUUGAGAUAUUGCAUUGUGCAGUGGGGAUUGUUCCCUCUUCUGUGGUCCUGACUGGUUUCCAGGUGAUGUCACGAGUAUUCCUUACCUGGGCAGUCACACACAGUGUUAGAGAAGUCCAAAGUGAAGACAGUGUCCUACUCUUUGUGGUGGCCUGGACCGUCACAGAGAUCAUCCGGUACUCCUUCUACACCUUCAGCCUGCUUAACCAUCUGCCUUACCUCAUUAAAUGGGCUAGGUACACAUUUUUCUUUGUGCUGUACCCGAUGGGAGUGGCGGGGGAACUUCUGACGAUCUACGCUGCGCUACCAUACGUGCAGAAAACAGGGCUUUACUCCAUCACCUUGCCUAAUAAGUACAACUUCUCCUUUGACUACCACACCUUCCUCAUCCUCGUCAUGAUCUCCUACAUCCCAUUAUUCCCUCAGCUGUAUUUCCACAUGAUUCGCCAGAGGAAGAAAGUUCUGGGUCACGUGGACGAGUACAGCAAAGUGGAAUAACUUGCCCCGCCAUGCUACCUCAUAGCAGACUGAUGGAACCAAUGGAAAAAGAGGAUAACUUUUAAAAGCCACACUUCACAGAUUUAAAAAAAAAAUAAAGAAGAAAAGAAGGAAAACCCUUCUUGUUCAUAUACAGAACAGACAUUAAGAUGAUUGCUAACGUUAAUACUUUGAUAUAAAAUGAUUUCCGUUUGUGAUUUUAGGGAUCUUGUAACUACUUUAAAUGCUUUUCCUCACUUUAGAGGGGGGUUGCAUUAUCAAACUAAUGCAUUAGUUACUGUGUGAGGAUUUUGUUUUGUUUAACUGUAGGUUUACUGACCAAAUUUAGUAGCAGAUUUUGACUUGCCAUUCAAGAAAUACGACUAGAAUGGGUGUUUUCAAAGAGAAGGGAUAUCCCAUAAUACUACUGUGUUCUGUACAGUAAUGACUUAAAUAUCUGCAUCUCACACAGCCCAUUUCUGUUGCUUUAUGUAUCAGUAUGUGGAUGAUGUUUUGCAUAAAACACUUUUGAUGAUUCAUUACAUUUUUGCUCCUAUUGAAACACUAAAAUAUCUGCUAAAUUCCAAAUUAUUACUGUUAGUAUUUUUGUUUUUUUGUUUUGUGACGUGUUUUUUGAUAAGGAUCAAUGUCCAUGUCCUCAAACCAUUGUUUGUUGGUUGUUUUGUUCAGUAUUGGAUAAAUAUUGUCUGUUUGCUCAGAAAAUAAUUGUACAACUUAAAGAAACUGGCUGAGUUGCUGAGACCUUACAGUCAUUGCUACUAAAGUAUUACAUGGGCAUUUUUGUCAUAGAAGAAGAUUACAGUUGACACAUUCAGAGCUUUGCUGUUGUUGAUGUGGAAGUGUUCGGCUGGGUGAUGAAGGCUAUGAGACCGCACGCUGCGUUAAAGAGAGAGCAUAGACCUCGACUCUGGGACCAAUUGGAUUUAAAUGCCUCUAGUCAUGCUGUUCCAAUGAGUCAAAUGUAAUCAUGUGUAGAAAAGGCUCAGAGUCAAGACCAACCUAACACUUUAUUGCCUGUCUGCCUAAUUGUUAACAGCAUAAGAGCAAGCCAACUUCAACCUCCCAGUGAAAACUUGCAACCUGUCUCUCUUAUUUAAAUAUGAGCUACGCUAAGACCGAGUGUCUUGCGUGGUAAGUCUGUUCUCCUUAUCAAGCCUUGUGAAGAAAAGAUUAGCAUGGGAUGAAUAGGUGCUUGUGCAAAGCUGGAGUACAACUUUGAAUAACAAUGCAUGUGGUGUGGCAAUAGAAUAAAUUAAUAAAAGCAUGACCCUUAAAUAAAAAUGGCAUCAAACUA